AUUCUCAUGACCGCUGAUGUCUUGGAAGAAAUGGAAGAAGGUGUCUUUUCUCCCUGCGAGUCAGGUGUCCGCUGAGCAGCGUGACCGGCAGUGGCCGCUAGAGGCCGCCCGACACUCGCCACCCCGCUGGGCUCAGCCCUGCAUCCUUCCAGGGCCUUCUUUAAUCCCGCCCAACAGGGUCACUUUCCUGGCAUCGCCCAGCCCCCAAGGUAAAGUUUGCCUCCUGGCUGACGCCCGACUGGCCUCACUGUCUAGGUGUAAAGGCUACACCGUGAUGAAAGCCGGGGAGCAAGCUUGUCUGACCUGGAGACCGAGCUGGUUCUUCUGUAACUUCUGGGCUGUUCCUGAAAACGAACGCAGCCCCUGUAGCAGACGGUCCUCCCAGGUGGGCUCCCCCCCAGCUCCCCGUGCGCUAGGCUUCCACGGAGGCUGACGACGGGGUCUGGCUCACUGACCACCCACCACCAUCCUGGCCGGUUUUUAAACCCCAUCCCAUCAUCCCCCACAGACCCUGGCACUGGAGCUCAAGUUCAUCUCCCAAACUGCCUGAGCAGCCAGAGCGGCCUAGAAGUCCUGUCCUGCUUGGCUUUUGGCGUGGAGAGUUCUGUUCCCGUCAUUGGAGGAAAUGCAGCGUGCUCGCCCUGAGGAAGAGCAGUGACAGGCCCCUGCCCUGGCCCCGCUGUGCCCACCGCUCCUCUCCCUGCCCCGCGGCCACAAAGAAGGAGCUGUGGAGGCAGGGGCGGGGUGGGCAUGCCUUCUGCCUGCGGAGGGGCAGGAUUUCCUGGGGGGAGGGGGCAGCCCGGCCACUUCCCCUCUGCCCGUGCCCACGGGUCAGACCAGUAUAAAUGGGAACAUGGCAGCAAGAUCCACCAAGACUCUGCCCCCACCUGGAAGGGAGGACUUGGGCCCUCGGCAGAGACUAGCUUCUCAGGAGCAGGAAGGACCUCGAGCACUGCACACGUCCGUCUCCCAGAACCUUCUGCCUCCUCUCCUCCCCUCCCCACCAUCUCCAGCUUCCUUAUAGCUGCCCCCAAACUGGCUACUGGAGUCCUGCUGUUCCCUAAGCAGCGUUUCCUAAAGUGGGUUGGAGCCAACCACACGUCCCCUUGCAACUGACUCGUGUUGUGGCUGAUGGUCAAAGUUUGUAAAGUCAAAUCUGCAUCUAUUUACUUUUCGACUUUGGUUAUAACUUUUGUUUCCACGAAAAGUUUUUAUACUUGCAUGAUGUGAAGUUUGCGGUAAGAUCCUAUGAUCUUAUUUGAGGAGCUUCCCGCCUUCGACAGUGUAUAGUUUAUGCACGUUACAUCCACACCAGACUUGUAAAAAGCAUCAGCAAGUCACAUGAUCACAGUAGCUCUUUUUAAGAACUUUCUAUAUCAUUAGGAAUUCUUACUGACUCACUGGCAUAUAAAUGCUUUAUGUGGCCAUGAUAGUUACUCUUUUGCUUCACAUAAUCUGAAGUUAUUAGCCAAAGGGUCACUCACUUUGGGGUAUAGAAAUCACUAGAUCGGGGCACCUGGGUGGCUCAGUUGGUUAUGCAUCCGACUCUUGCUUUGGGCUCAGGUCAUGGUCUGGUGAGAUCAAGCCCUGCACUGGGCUUUGCACCGACAGUGUGGAACCUGCUUGCGAUUCUCUCUCUUCCUCUCUCUCUGUCCCUCCCCUGAAGGCAGGCGUGCUCUCUCCCUCUCUCUCGCAAAACAAAAAGAAAUUACUAAAGUACUACCUCACACUAUGCUUCCAUAUUGAAUACGCUGGUAAAAAGUACGGUCCCCUCCGGCUGCCCUUCUCCCCCGCAAAACCCCCAGGCCCCCUCUGUUGGGACAGAGGGCCCCCUUUGCAGCCAUCUGUAAGGAAAGGGGGGGCUGGCGGUCGCUGGUGCCCGCCAUGUGCCCACCGAGCGGACGUGGGUUAAUUCACUGCACAGCACCCACUGAGGAGGCCGGUGGCGAUCUGAAAGGGUGACCUGAGUCAUGCCUGGUCACGUGGCUAGUGAAGGUGGAGCCAACCUUGGUCACGUGGCUAGCGAGGGUGGGGCCCAGAGGCCACGCGGCUGACUUGCUGAGGAGCCAAUUUAUGGGCAGGUCACCUGACCAGAUGGGAGGUUACAGACCAGCCUAAAGAGCUGGGAGAAGAACCACGUGAUCACGUCCACACACGCCAGCAGGCACUUGACAAAAUUCAGCUCCCGGUUGAUGCUGGCUAUAAACCACAAACCACAGGUGCUCGUGCCUCGCUCCAGCUUUGAUGGUGGAGGCAUCUACUCCAAAGACGUCUCUCCGGUAAACACACGACCGGCCACGGAACUGGGUCCUGUAAGUAAGAAACCUUUAUUUCAAAGUUCCCUGAUGGUUGUCACUGAAGGACAUCUGCCACCAGAGCGAGAACCAGGCGGGCCCGUCCAACCACAGCACUGGUUACUGUUCCGCCGAGACCAGCCCGCAACAAUGAGCCUGUCUGACCUUAUCUCCAAACGCCUUCACAAUCUAAGUGUUCCCACGGUGAUGGCCACCUUCUGGAAGCCCAGAGGUGACACCCAACGUUCAUACAGCUACCAAGCGGCAGAGACGGGAUUUGCACCCCGGGGUCACCCGAAGCCAGCGCUCACCCCCCCCACCCAGCUGAGCGAGAAGAGCCACGAGGGAUCAGAUGGAACCCCAGUUUGGCUGCCCAGCCUGUGACGUCCUCAACAGACCCCGAGAAGCCCCCUGGCUCUAGGACCACCACCUUCUUCUUUUUUCUGGGGUCACAUUCCUGGGAGCCCUGAAUACGUCAAGCUGACAUUUGGUGGUUCAGCCAUCCAAGAGGAGAAAAGGGCAUUAUCUGAGACUCAAAAGGUGUAUUUUAUACUCACACGCUUGACUUUCAAGACCCUGAAUGAAUUUUGCUGAAAUAAAUAGUCACCUUUGGGCGUAAGCCAAGUAUGUGAAGUUCUAGGCCCCAGAGCCUUUUUCUCUUUCUUUCUUUUAAAAAGAAUAUUAAAAGUGACUGAAAAGAGGGAUUUAGAAAUGAAUGGCUAUUUUUCAACAUGUCUUAUAAAAUGAAAAGGAGCA